AUGUCCGACUCGCCCUCCCGUAUGCACUUCACCGCCUCGCCCUCGCCCUCGCCCUCUCCUGCUCCCUCUCCUGCUCCCUCCGAUAAUCAUGAGCACGCACAGGAGGACAGGGCCCACCCCCACUCCCACCCCCACUCCCACUCCCUCCCCCUCCCCCUCCCCUCCUCGCACCUCCCCGCCCGCGUGAACCCCACCCACGCACAGACCCUCCCCGCAAAGCUCUCCUACCCAAUGGCCGCAAACGCGCCCCAGCGCCUCGUCCCCGCGCCCGAUUUCCCCACCUACUACCCCCCGCCCCCCGCAGACCACCCGCCCCUCCCCCCGCACGCGCACGCAGACAACUCCCGGAAAUGCCCCUUCGCGGCCAAGCACGAGUUCUGCCCGCCCCAGGAGGGCGACGUCCGCAGCCCGUGCCCCGCGCUCAACACCAUGGCGAACCACGGCUACAUCAACCGCUCAGGCAAGAACCUCACCGCCGCCGCGCUCACCUCCGCGCUGCAGAAAUGCUACAACCUCUCCCUCCCGCUCGCCAUCGUCCUCUCCUACGGCGGCUUCAUCCUCCUGCACCGCUACAACUUCCUCCGCGGCAUCGACCUCCGCGAGGUCGGCAAGCACGGCUUCGUCGAGCACGACGCGAGCCUCGUGCACCGCGACACGCCCGUAUACUACGCGCCCGUCGAGAUCGUCCCGCAGUGGGUCGACGCGCUCCUCGAGGACGCGCACAUGCUGCUCCACGACGGCGAGUGGGCGUUCAAGGUCAUGGCCGCGGACCAGCAGCUCGGCCAUCAGCUCGGGCGCGAGGGCGAGGGCGGGCGCGGGGUCGAGGUUGAGGAAGGAAAGGAGAAGGAGGAGCAGGGGAUCGACGCGGUGCAUGCGGAGAUUGCGCGCGGGGAGAUGGCGAUUGUGCUGGGGAUGUGGGAGGUGGAGGAUUGGCCGGCGGGGCUGGCGGGUGGGGGUGCGGAGGGAGGGAUGGGUGUGCAGAAUGGGGAGGGUGCGGAGAAUGGGGAGUUUCCGGGUGAAGGACGUGUUGUUGGCGAGGAUAAGGAUACGGAUAAGGAGAAGAGGAAUAAGCGGGGCUCGCUGUUCAAGCGCUUCUCGGCGUCCCCCUCGACGACGACGACACCGAUCAAGGGCGUGCCGGCGGAGUGGUUCCGGGAGUGGAUCAUGUACGAGCGGCUGCCGGGCGGGUGGCGCCCGAUGCGCACGCAGGGGCUGCUGGACACGAUGCGCCGGAGCCGGGAGGUGAAGCGCGGGAUGGAGCGGUUGAGGAGGGAGUUUGGGGAGAGGGAGAGGGAACGCAAGGAGGGGGAGGGGGAGGGGGUGAACUUGAAGGGGGAGGGUGUGGAGGGGGAACGCAAGGAGAAGAGGGAGAGGCUGAGGGAGGAGUUUUGA